UGUACAGUCUCAAUUCUCUCGGUUACCAGAGAUCGUGAGCCGAAGUUAUCCGACGCUUACGGAUUCCCAGAUUCUUUUGUGCCUUUUAAAAGUUUUCUAACACAAAAUUUGCCUAAACGACCUUUCAAGAUCGCCAAUACACCUGAUCGAAUGUUGUGCUUUAAGUGCAAACUGAAGACUGGUCUUCUAUAACUUGUUUUUCCACGUUUACCAGUGAGCGUUCCCGUGUAAAAUAUGUUCGAAAUGUUUUAAAUGUUGUUUACUCAUUGUUUGUUAAGUAAAAGUGCAUAGUGUGUAAUCUGGUUGUGCAAGUGGCUGUGUCAAUUUUGGAUUAAGUAUGGAGAAUGUAGCCAAUAACUUGGCGAACGAGGACAGAGGAUGGGAAUACAAACAAAUCAACGUGACCCGUGUGCCUGGAUAUGGUUUUGGUAUUGCCGUAUCAGGUGGAAGGGACAAUCCACAUUUUGCAUCAGGCGAUCCUAGCAUAGCAGUCAGUGACGUAUUGGCCUCAGGUCCUGCAGAGAGGAUAUUACAAGUUAACGAUAGGAUAAUAUCUGUAAAUGGUAUAUCGUUGCAGAAUGUCGACUAUCAAACUGCAGUACAAGUACUGCGUGAUUCGGGUGAUACAGUUAGUUUAGUGAUAAAGAGAAGAGUGCCACAGCAUAAUCAUCAACAUAGUCUCAGUGCCUUAAGUGCUAGUUACAUAGGACCUACCCCAAAUGGAUUCAGUGGGUUACCUUCCAAGGUUACCCUGACGAAAAAUUCAAAAAAAGAAGACUUUGGUAUAGUGUUAGGUUGCAAAUUGUUCAUAAAAGAAAUAUCUUCGAAGGCCAGGGAACAACUUCUUAACACGAAUCAAGUCCUAACGGAAGGAGAUUUCGUCACGAAACUCAACAACACAAACUGCCAUGACCUAAUGAGCCUUAAAGAAGCAAAAAAAAUCAUAGAUGGCAGUAAAGACAAAAUACACAUAACAGUGGUCAGGGAUUUCGGUCAGACCAUCAACAGUAUACAUCAGGCUCAAAGUUCUAUUAGUACUACUGGUGCCGUAAACAAUUUUUACAAAGGAGAUGACUUCCUUACUUCUAGUCAAAGCUACUCAAAUCAGAAUCUCUACGUGCAGCCUCCUACAAGAAACCCCAAUAUCAAUCCAGCAGGCUAUGAAGAUAAAUUGGAACAUAACAACAGUGGACCUAACUCCCUACUCGAUGACAAGAGUAAUUUGGCGCCAAGGGAUAGAUCUAGAGGUCCCUUGACUGAACAAAACCUAAAUCAUUUGGAGAAUAGGAGCUAUGGCAGAUCAAAAAUGAGAGAAGAACCACCUAGACCACCGCCUCCUAGGAAUGAAGGUAUGGAUGGUGUUGAAAAUCAUUUUUAUGGUGGUACCAGGAGACAGAUGUAUGACAGCGACCCUAUCAUUCAAAAGAUCAAACAACCUAUUCCAGAUGCAAGGUUCAUCACAUUCCACAAAGAGGGCUCUGUAGGUAUAAGACUGACAGGGGGCAAUGCAGUUGGUAUUUUUGUAACAGCAGUUCAACCUGGUAGUCCUGCAUCCCUUCAAGGUCUACAGCCAGGUGAUAAAAUCCUCAAGGUUAACGAUAUGGACAUGACUGGCGUAACUAGAGAAGAAGCUGUACUCUUUCUUCUCAGUCUCCAGGAUAGGAUAGAGUUGAUAGUGCAAUUCUGUAAAGAAGAAUACGACGGUAUAGUCGCUUCUCAAAAGGGCGACAGCUUCUAUAUAAAGACACAUUAUCAUUACGAUGAUCCAGCCAAAGGGGAAAUGUCGUUUAGGAGUGGGGAUAUAUUCCAUGUGAUAGACACGUUGUACAAUGGCGUUGUCGGUUGUUGGCAGGUCUUCAAAAUCGGUAGGAACAAUCAGGAAGUACAAAAAGGCAUAAUACCAAAUAAAUCCAGAGCGGAAGAAUUGGCAACGGCGCAAUUCAACGCCACCAAGAAGGAAAUGUCUACGAACGAGUCUAGAGGGAGCUUUUUCAAGCGGAGAAGAAGCUCGAAUAGGCGGUCGAAGAGUUUGGGGAAGGAACAUUGGGAUGACAUACUGUUUUCGGACACUGUUUCCAAGUUUCCGGCAUAUGAGAGGGUGCUUCUGAAACACCCAGGAUUCACUAGACCUGUGAUAAUGUUUGGGCCGAUUGCUGAUGUGGCCAGGGAGAAACUAUUGAAAGAUUUUCCGGAUAAAUUUGUAUCUCCCCAACAAGAUACUAACGUAGAGGACCACAAAUCUCAGAAAAACUCCUCCAACAUAAUUCGUUUGUCAGCUAUCAGAGAGGUUAUAUCAACUGGAAAACACGCCUUACUAGACAUAACCCCAAAUGCCGUAGAAAGGUUGAACUACGCCCAAAUGUAUCCCAUCGUGGUUUUCUUCAAGUCUGAAACUAAAUUAGUGAUAAAGCAGUUGCGGCAAGGUUUACCGAAAUCGGCCCAUAAGAGUUCUAAGAAACUUCUGGAACAAUGCCAAAAAUUAGACAAAGUGUGGAGUUAUGUGUUUAGUAGUACAAUAACCUUGAAUGACAAUACGGAUAAUUGGUAUCGCAAAGUUAGAGACGUUAUUGAUAAACAGCAGAGUGGAUCUCUAUGGAUGAGCGAGAAUAAGUUUCCAAUGGAGUUCUUCGACGACCUGUGCAUAGCAAUAACUCCGAUACCAUACGUCUACGCAAGAACGUCAAACUCGCUCCCCUCCUAUUACAAUAAAACAUGCAGACAGAAAAGAAGAGCGCCACAUUCCAUGUACAGUUCACCCCAAUUCAUGCACAGUUACUACUAUGGUAACAGCUACGGUUAUCCCAUUACCUCAGUACAUCGAUAUUCCCAAAGCACGUUGGGAAGCUGUGACUAUCAAAAUUUGCCACAUUAUCCUGAAGAGUCAUUAUCCGAUGAUUUCCUAUUUCCAAUGUCAUCACUACGGUUGUCCUAUGCUAGUUCUCCAGAAAGUGACCUUGAACACAGCCCAGGCCCUCCUGGCAAUGGAACUGGAACCGGUGGUACCAACACUGUAACCCCAGGAAGACUAACUAAGGCUAGUUCUGAUCCCAGUGUUGUGAUGGCAGAUAAUAGUACUACGGAUGUUCUACCUCCCUAUCAGCCCAGUUACGAUAGUAGAUACGGCUUCAACAACCAAAACCACAUAGCAGAACCAGACACGCCUACAAGCAAAGAUCCCAGCUACAGCAUAUCAACUCAAGAUAUACCUUCAACGAUCGACCAAAGUGCCUACAACAAAUCUGGACUAUACUCGGCUCAACCUAACCAGGAAUACGAGAAGGGCGAAUACCCCAAGCAGGAUUCCAGAAUCGAGUACACUACGGAGAGGAUGGCAGAGCUCAGAGAUGAGUUCGAUGAAAAUGGGAAGAUUGCCGAUUUCAAUAUGAGGAAUAGGCGACAGCAGAACGCCAUGAUGAGCCCACAGAUGGGCGCGUAUCAGGGUAAGGAAUCUGGUGAUCAGACCCCUACGAGAACGCCUUCUAAGGAAGGUCUGUAUGGACAUAUUCCCGAUUUACCUCCAAGGGUGGAUAGAGGAGCUAAGCCUAUGGGCGGUAGUGCUCUUUCGUCGCCUAGUAAAAUACCAAAUGGCCGCUCUGCCCAUGAAAGGUUGUUCGGUGCAAAAUCAAAUCCAACUAAGGAAGGCGAACAAGUUUCAACCGAUCCCAAUUUCAAUACCAAACUUGGGUCUUUGGAAAGAAGUAACAACUCAAAAUCUGAUUCCCUUUCAAGCUAUGACUCCUUCAACAAACCGACAAAUACUCGAAUAGGACCAAAUGCUCACGACGAUCUCAAAACUACUCUGUCUAAAAUAGAUCAUCCUCCUGGUACAGUCCCAAAUAGCACUUCUAAGUAUAAUUCCCCAUCUGGUCAAAGAUGGGAUCAGAGCCCCCAUCGAUACGGCUCUAAAAUGGAUCUGAAAUACGGACUUCCAAUUGUGAAUGAUCAGGGUUUAGAUAACAGUCCUCGGACAUCUAGAGAAAUGGACAAAGAUGGCAAUCCGAUAGACAUGAUGAACUUGAGAGGUGCCAAUGAAAAGGAUAUGUAUAGGUAUUCUAGGGCCAUUGCCAAACAGCCUUUAUCGCCAAGAAGUCACAUGGAAACCAAAACUGAUUAUGGCAGAUAUAGGAGUUCUCAACAAGAUCUUUCCCAGUCUCAUCUCAGCAUCUUAUCGCCAAAUCAUCAUGCAUCACCAGCUAAAGCUGUGCCUCCAUCAAACGGCUACGACCCUCAGUCUAGGCAUGGCGGUGGUCAACAGAAUCCAACAUCUUACAAACCAGUGCCGCCACCCAAACCAAGGAAUUACAAACCGCCUUACAAUGGUGGAAAUAUGGAAGGUAUGGUUCAACCCCCGCCGCAAAAUUCUUAUCAACAUGGGAAAAGUCACAGCAAUCCUAUCGAAAGAGGACAAAGCCUUCCACCAGGUCACAGCUAUUAUUACAACGUCUCCUCCAACUCCAAUUCGAAUAACAAUUCUUGGCAAGGGCCACCAGCAGAAGGUAUGCGAUAUAGUUCUUCACAUGGUCAUUACGACAUGGCCCCACCCUACGACACAAGAAGACAUCCAGGAAUAUCCUACGCAUCCAGAAGCGAAAUACAGCCUAUAUCUGCCAUGGAGAAUUCCCACCAGUUGUAUGGGGAGGAACCUCCAUCCAAUCGUCCAAUGGAUAGACCAAUCGUAGACCUUCAGGGUUCUAGGGAGCAGAGGGGUUCCGCCUUCGAGCUCUACAGGAAACCCGUUCAUCAUAACUUACGGAGAAUGGAAGACCCAUCAUUGUUCGGAUCGCAGCCUAAUAUCGCACAAAAACUAACAAACUCACCAAAAGUAAUGCCUAAACUAACCAAAGCACAAUCUUUUAAACAACCAAAGUCGGAAAGCUUCGGACCAAAACUUCUGAGGAAACUCUCGUUCAGAAACAGAAACAAAGAGGCCGCAUCGAAAAAACUAAGCACUCCGACGAUCACAGAAGAUACGAGAAUCAGGCAGGAUUCGAAUCGGAACCCGAACUUCGAUAGGCCGAGUAAAAGGGACAUUUCUAGUGCUAUGAUGGAUCACAGAGGAGGCACGUUGAUAAACGAAUAUUGGGGUGUCGUGUUAGAGGUACCCGAAGGUGCGAUAGCCAGAGGGGAGAAGAAAGAAAUCUACUUCGUUGUUUCCGAUCCUAGACUUUGCGAUAAUAUUCCGCCGUUGGACUUGGAUAACGGUGAAACGAUGUUAUCUCCGUUAGUCAUGUGUGGACCUCAAGGAACCGAAUUCUUGAAGCCUGUGAUUCUCAAUAUUCCCCAUUAUGCAAACACACUUCCAAGCCUUGGUAUCACCCUCAAAGCAACAGAUUCGGAACAAGAUAUUUGCACUGACUGGGAUAAUAUUUUGUUGCCAAGCAACCACGCGGCAAACAGUGUUGCCGUCAAAGUUGACCAUUUUUGAUGUGUUUCAAAACAUUUAUACAUUCUUAAAAGUGACAUAAAUUUUGUAGCCAAAAUGACUUGAAUUUUUCCUAUGCCUGAAAUUUUUUUUUAGUGUGUAGAUCUGUAUUUUUUUUAUUAACAAUAAGUGCAAUGAUGAUUUGCAAUAAUAGUUAAGACGAUUUUUAUUGCUCAAAUUUUAUAUGUAUCUAUAAACUAUAGGUUCUUAUAAUUAUUCUGAGAUGAUUUUUGUGAACUGAAAUGAUGUUCUAUUGUGUGAUUACCUUAAAAAUCAAAAUAUCAGUGUGUUGUAUAUUGAUAAGAUAUAUUUUUUAUAGUUGAAUAUAAAAUGUAAAAUAUUUAAUAAAG